UGACAGUGCUGAAGUACUGUGUGUACCGAACUGGAUGUUUAACGCAAAUGUGGAUGUGGUUCUCCUCGUAUACAGUUGCAUAUUUUUUGGUGUCGUAACAAGCGCCUAUAUUGCCCCGAGCUUCUCGAAAACGCCAACUGUCUUUUUCCACCUGCGUCGAUGUAUGGACGUAGUUCCUCUCCUGCGAGUUUUUACUUUUUUUUUUAACUUCCUGUUUUGCUGAUUUUAAAAGCUUCUUGGGUGUAAUGGUGGGCGGCUGUGACGGGUCCGCUCGAGGCGUCUUUUGCUGCUAAAAUAAACAUGACCCUCUUACAACAGACAUACCGCUCAUAAAGCGCAAACCACGACAAACCGGUUUUGGCCGUCCCUUGUGAUGAGCCACAAAGGAGAGAGAGCGGCACCGGGAAUGCAGGGCCAAGCCAGGAUUCAAACUUGCUUUCAUUUGCUGCUUUAAUUGUUAUUGUUUUUAAAACCCUAUGAAGGGAAAUCAAGAGGUUUCUACAAUACAACAGAAUGCAUUUUACGCAACUGCUGCAGCUGUCACGAAGCGCUUUAAAGCACGUUUGUUUCGCAACGCAUGACAUGUAAGAUAAAUGCAGAAGAGUUGCAGACUCAGAAUUAUGAAGCACUGAUUUGUGGAGAUAUAGCAUUUACGUGUUUUUCAGCAUUUCAGCUUCCUUCUUUAAGGUGCGGCUGAAAACUGGCGGAGUGACACAAUUUGGAACGGGAUAUAAAUUGCCUCGAAGCAACUUGAUAAAAACUUUCGGCGCCUUUGUUUGAAUCAGUGAUGUCACAAUUGCGACUUACUUACAGCGCAGCCGCAGAGCCAUUAGUAUUGCAAGCCGUGCGUCCCGACCCGGGACUGCUGCUAAAAGACCACCAUUCAUGCACGACCGGGGAGCCGGCGAGGAAAGAGAAUGAGCGAGCGUGGCCGAGAUCACACACAACAUGCCACCCCGCUGAGAUUCGCUCAUUGAAAAGACACAGCGGUAAAUCUCAAGAAGCCCUGCUUGAAAGGACACAGGAAGUCAGCCAUUUUGGAUCAAGACUGAGGAACCUUGAUUCUCUGAGAGGGUUCAAAUCCUCCAAGUCACUUAGAGCAGGGACUCACCUAUGUGACUCACCUCACAUCCUGCGAUCAUUGCAAUAUCAACCCCCAAUCACACGGGAGAGCAUGGAAUGAUUGAACACCGAGAUGGAGAAGGCGCACGCGGCUGGAAAGGAAGAUGGUCGCCAUGGAUGCUCUCGCCUGUGGAAUUAAUUACCCCGUCGGGCGGACCCCUCCAGCUGUCAACGCCAACUCCCCCCAUUUGUGGUUCCCUUCCUGACAAACAAAUGCCGAGUCAGCUGGAGGGCGCCAUGGACGCGCUGAUCGCCGUCUUUUACAACUACUCGGGCCAUGACGGAGACAAGUAUAAGCUGAAUAAGGGGGAGCUCAAGCAGCUGCUGCACACCGAGCUCACGGACUUCCUCACGUCGCAGAAGGACCCACUGCUGGUGGAGAAGAUCAUGAGUGACCUGGACUCCAACAAAGACAACGAGGUGGACUUCAAUGAGUUUGUUGUGCUGGUGGCUGCGCUCACCGUUGCCUGCAACGACUUUUUCCAAGAACAGAAUAAGAAGACCACCAAAUAGAUGUUCCCUUUUAAACCACAAUGUAUAGCUUUGUCAUUUAAAAAAAACUGAAUGUUGAUUUGCAUUGUUGUCAAUAAAUGUGAUGAUUUCCCUUUUAUUUUAAAGCA